AUGUCGGCAUCGAAUGAGCCCCUUGCUGGAAUCGAAGCAGCAGUUCGGCUUCAAUGUCUGGUACAGACUGGGAGCGCAGCUGACUACGUUUCCGAAUUCCUGAAGCUCCGAAGCAAAAUCACACGGGAGACAUUUAUUGCAUCCAUUUUCUUCAUUGGCCUUAAAAAAGAAUUGCAAAUUGGUCUUCGUCAAUUAGGGGAGCUUCCUGACACGUGGGAAAAGAUGGCAGAGAAAGCGAUCGCUGUUAAACGUCAACUUACUGAGGAGCGAAGGCAGAAUGUCGAUUGGGCUAUCGUCAGUGCUGUUGUUGGUGCUUGA